UUGAAGUGAAAAGUAGCAGGAUAAGCCUUUGUUCAAAGAGUUUGCUAGUAGUUUCUCCUUUUUAUCGGUCUUUACUUUGUAGCUGAUUGAGGAGCAGAGAGCUGGAAGGAAAUGGAGUCCAAUGAGGCCAGUGUUCAAUACAACUGCUGGAAUGAAGACAACAUGAACAUGCAAGUGCUGCAUUCACAGUCCAGACUGAUUGGUCUCUAUAACAGACUGUGCAUCGAACGUCUUGGCAUUGUAAUGAAAGUGGCGGUGUCUUUGGCUGUGAUGAUAGUUAUAUACAUUAUUGGAUACAUCACAGGAUACUACGUUCACCGAUGCUGA